AUGUCGACUACUCCCUUCGAGGUGGCGCGCCACCUGGUGGACGAGUCGCACAAGCGCGAUCCCGCCUACCUCUCGCGCAACGCCGCCCAGCCGGCAGAGGAUGGCCAGCAGAAGAAGGACGAACUGGCUUACGCCGACGCCAUGGAGAAGUGGACGCAGCAUCUCCUCGCGGCGCUCAAGGGGACAGAUGGGCUCAACGCUCUGAUCGCGAGCAUCUACCCAGCGUCGCAGGCGGCGGCGGAUGGGGAGAUCGAGUCCAGGGCGGGUGAGCUGCUCCGGCUCGCGUCGCGGUGCCAGCACCUCGAGCGCUUUCUCACGCCGCGCUCGAGCUAUCCGGAGGGCAAGGCGGGAUACCUCAAGUGGCGGAGGGACCUCUAUACCAUCCAGGCAGAGCGCGCCAAGCAGCUCCUCCUCCAGGCCGGCGUCGAGCAGAGCGAGGCCGACUGGGUCAGGAAAUGGGUCAGCAAGACCGACCUCAAGCCGGGCAAGGAUGACGGCGACGUCGGCACGCAGCUGCUCGAGGACGCCGCGGUCCUCGUCUUCCUCGAAGACGAGCUGGCCCUCUUCGCCGCGCAGCAUGGCGAGUACACAGAGCAGAAGUUCAUUGACAUUAUCAAAAAGACAUGGCGCAAGCUCUCGCCGCUCGGCAAGGACGAGGCUCUCAAGCUGAGCAUGCCAAAGGGCCUGAGCGAGCUCAUCAAGAAGGCAAUCGCGCCGAUCGAAGCGGAAGCACAGGGACCUGCCACCAACAUCGACGCGGCGCAGAACCGCAAGAAGCAAGUGUCGUCGUCGGCGCCCUACACGCAGCGGGCGCUGCGGCCCAAGACGGCGGCGGAAGCCGAGGCGAUGCUGGCCGCCCGCUCGGUGCCCGACAGCUCCACCGGCAACGACGAGGCCAAUGCUGCCGACGGGGAGCCGGCCUUCUUUGGCGCGCGGCUGCUCAAGGAGACGGACGAGGAUGCCGUGUGGGCGCACAACGCCUGGGACCACGUCACGCCGCCGCCCGAGCACCUCGAGAUGGUCGAGCAGCUGCUGGCCAAGCAGGCCGAGACCAAGCUCUCCCUCGACGAGCAGCAGGCCUACCACGAACGCCCGGCGAGCUUCUGGGACACGUUCUACAGCGCCCACGAGAACCGCUUCUUCAAGGAUCGAAAGUGGCUCCACCUCGAGUUUCCCGAGCUCGUCGAGGCCACGCUGGAAGGGGCGCCACCGACGACGAUCCUCGAGGUCGGCUGCGGGGCGGGCAACACCGUCUUCCCACUGCUCGAGAUGAACCAGAACCCGCACCUGACGAUCCACGCGUGCGACUACUCGUCCGAGGCCGUCGGCGUGGUGCGCUCCAACCCGCUCUACGUGUCGCCGCCCAACGGAGCCACUUGCCACGCCAACGUGUGGGACCUCUCGUCGUUGUCGUCGUCAUCCGCGGACGGCGCGGCGACACCCAACCUGCCGCCGCAGGUGGAGCCGGGGAGCGUCGACAUUGUCGUCCUCAUCUUUGUCCUCUCGGCGCUGCACCCGCGCGAAUGGAGGCAGGCCGUGGAAAACAUCAAGACGCUCCUCAAGCCCGACACGGGCCUCGUCCUGCUGCGCGACUAUGGCCGGCACGACCUGCCGCAGCUGCGCUUCAAGAAGAGGAGGAUGCUCGAGGACAACUUCUACCUGCGAGGCGACGGGACGCGCGUCUACUUUUUCACUCCAGAGGAGCUCAUCGACAUCUUUGACGCCACGCCCCCGCCGCCGGAACGCGGCGUCGAGGUGCUGCUACCGGACGCCGCGGAAACCGGACCUGCCGCUGCUGGGGGCGACGAUGCGGCGGCUUCGAGCGAGGAGAAGGCGGCCAUCGCCGACGAGCUCGAAGCGCUCAAGCUCUCGUCGUCCGAGGCGGCCGCCGCUUCGACCGCCGCUGCCACGGCCAUGCAAGCGGCCGACGACGGCACGAGGCAAGGCAAAACGUUUGAGACGGUGCAGAUGGCCAUUGACCGGCGGCUGCUCGUCAACCGCAAGGAGCGAAAGAGGAUGUACCGCGUCUGGAUGCAGGCCAAGUUCCGCUUCCAGCAGCGGCAGCAGCAGCAGCCGGAGCCAAGGCGGUAG